CUCGGCGCUCCCGCGCUCCCCCUAGCGGCCGUCGCGCCGCCUCGCUCCGUCCCAGGCUCGUCGGCGGCGCAGCUCACGUGACCGCGCUCCGGGCCUGCGGCCGCUGUCGGUUCUCCCAGUCACCGAGCGAGAGGGAAGAAACAAGAUGGCGGCUGAAGGCGAUCCGGAGUGGGGCCCCAGCAAUUCGGACUGAGCCUUCUCCCUCCACCCGCUGCCGUCGGCCGGGCCCCUCCCGCCCGGGCCCGCCGGCCUCCCCACCCGGCCCCAGCGCCCCCCACCACCGCCCUCGCGCCCGCCCCUCCCCCUCCGCUUUCCCUCUUCCCCCCCCUCCUCCCCGCCGCCUCGGCUCCGACAUGAGGGGCCGGCGGGGCAGGCCGCCCAAGCAGCCCGCGGCUCCCGCUGCGGAGCGCUGCGCCCCGGCCCCGCCGCCGCCGCCGCCGCCUCCGCCCACGUCCGGACCCAUCGGGGGGCUCCGCUCGCGGCACCGCGGCAGUAGCCGGGGCAGGUGGGCCGCCGCCCAGGCUGAGGUGGCGCCCAAGACGCGGCUGAGCUCGCCCCGGGGGGGCAGCAGUAGCCGGAGGAAGCCGUCGGCCCCCCCCAGCACCAGCACCCCGGGCCGGGGGGGGCGAGGAGGCGGGGGCGGCAGGACGGGGGGCGGCGGCGGCGGCCACGGCCACCUGGCCCGGACCACCCCGGCCCGGAGGGCCGUCAACAAAGUGGUGUACGAUGACCACGAGAGCGAAGAGGAGGAGGAGGAGGAGGAGGACAUGGUCUCCGAGGAGGAAGAGGAGGAAGAAGAGGAGGAGGACGGCAACGCCGAGGAGACCCAGGAUUCCGAGGACGACGAGGAAGAGGAGAUGGAGGAGGACGAGGAUGACUCGGAUUAUCCGGAGGACAUGGAAGACGACGACGACGACGCCAGUUACUGCACGGAAAGCAGCUUCCGGAGCCACAGCACCUACAGUAGCACUCCAGGUAGGCGGAAACCGAGAGCACAUCGGCCUCGUUCUCCAAUACUGGAAGAAAAAGAUAUCCCACCCCUUGAAUUUCCCAAGUCCUCUGAGGAUUUAAUGGUGCCUAAUGAGCAUAUAAUGAAUGUCAUUGCCAUUUACGAGGUACUGCGGAACUUUGGCACUGUUUUAAGACUGUCUCCUUUUCGCUUUGAGGACUUCUGUGCAGCUCUGGUGAGCCAGGAGCAGUGCACGCUCAUGGCCGAGAUGCACGUUGUGCUUCUGAAAGCAGUCCUGCGCGAGGAAGACACUUCCAAUACUACCUUUGGCCCUGCUGACCUGAAAGACAGUGUGAAUUCCACACUGUAUUUCAUAGACGGGAUGACGUGGCCCGAGGUGCUGCGGGUGUACUGUGAGAGUGACAAGGAGUACCAUCACGUGCUUCCUUACCAGGAGGUGGAGGACUAUCCCUAUGGACCCGUGGAGAACAAAAUCAAAGUCCUGCAGUUUUUGGUCGAUCAGUUUCUUACGACAAAUAUUGCUCGGGAGGAGUUGAUGUCAGAAGGAGUGAUCCAGUACGAUGACCACUGUAGGGUUUGUCACAAACUUGGGGAUUUACUUUGCUGUGAGACGUGUUCAGCAGUGUAUCAUUUGGAAUGUGUGAAGCCACCUCUGGAGGAGGUGCCGGAGGACGAGUGGCAGUGUGAAGUCUGUGUAGCACACAAGGUGCCUGGUGUGACUGACUGUGUUGCUGAAAUCCAAAAAAAUAAGCCGUACAUUCGACAUGAGCCCAUCGGAUACGACCGAAGCCGGAGGAAAUACUGGUUCUUAAAUCGGAGACUCAUAAUAGAAGAAGAUACAGAAAAUGAAAAUGAAAAGAAAAUUUGGUACUACAGCACAAAGAUUCAGCUUGCGGAAUUACUUGACUGUCUAGACAAAGAUUAUUGGGAAGCAGAACUUUGCAAAAUUCUAGAAGAAAUGCGUGAUGAAAUCCAUCGGCAUAUGGACAUUACUGAAGACCUGACCAAUAAGGCUCGGGGCAGUAACAAAUCCUUUCUGGCGGCAGCUAAUGAAGAAAUUUUGGAAUCCAUAAGAGCCAAAAAGGGAGAAGUUGAUGAUGAUAAAAGCCCAGAAGAUAUCGACAAAGACAAGAAUGAGACUGAGAACAGUAAUUGUAAAGAUGCUGAGAAAAGCAAAGAGGAGGUUGACGACCAGUCCCUUGACAAAGACAGUGACAGCAAGAUGCCUGACGCUCCUGAGCCAGGAAAAUCUGAGGAGCCAACAGAAGGUGGGGACAAAGUUAACUCUAUGUCAGCAAACCUUGGCGACAGCACAGCAGCUGCUGCUUCCCAGGAGACUAGGCCCUGUGAAGGGAGGAGCCCCCUGGCCUGUCUCUCAGAAACCCAGGAUAGCAGCACCAUGGCAGAGAAGAAGGCGGCAUCCGAGCUCCCCCAGGAUGUGCCAGAAGAACCUAACAAGACCUGUGACAGCAGUAACACUAGUCCUACCACUACCUCCAUUCAGCCUAAUCUGGAAAGCAGUCACAGCAGCACUGAAGUCAGUUCCUCCCCGAAUGACUCUGCUCAGGCAGCUGCUGAUCCUGACGGUGGAGAGCCAGCAUCCCAAACACCUGUCUCUGUUCAGGAAGAGAUAGGUGAUUUCAAAUCGGAGAAGUCCAACGGGGAGCUCAGUGAGUCACCUGGAGUGGGAAGAGGGGCAUCUGGCUCGACACGAAUCAUCACCAGGUUGCGGAACCCAGACAGCAAGCUCAGUCAGCUCAAGAGCCAGCAAGUGGCAGCCGCGGCUCAUGAGGCAAAUAAACUAUUUAAGGAGGGCAAAGAGGUAUUGGUUGUUAACUCACAAGGAGAAAUUUCUCGGUUGAGCACCAAAAAGGAAGUAGUCAUGAAAGGAAAUAUCAACAAUUAUUUUAAAUUGGGUCAAGAAGGGAAGUAUCGCGUGUACCACAAUCAGUACUCCACCAAUUCAUUUGCUUUGAAUAAGCACCAGCACAGAGAGGAUCAUGACAAGAGGCGACAUCUUGCACAUAAGUUCUGUCUGACUCCAGCAGGAGAGUUCAAGUGGAAUGGCUCUGUCCAUGGCUCCAAAGUCCUCACCAUCUCCACCCUGAGACUGACCAUCACCCAGCUGGAAAACAACAUCCCUUCUUCCUUUCUUCAUCCCAAUUGGGCUUCACACAGGGCAAAUUGGAUCAAGGCAGUUCAGAUGUGUAGCAAACCCAGAGAAUUUGCACUGGCUUUAGCCAUUUUGGAGUGUGCAGUUAAACCAGUUGUAAUGCUACCAAUAUGGCGCGAAUCCUUAGGACAUACCAGGUUGCACAGGAUGACAUCAAUUGAAAGAGAAGAAAAGGAGAAAGUCAAAAAAAAGGAGAAAAAGCAAGAAGAGGAAGAAACAAUGCAGCAAGCUACAUGGGUAAAAUACACAUUUCCCGUGAAACAUCAGGUUUGGAAACAGAAAGGAGAGGAAUACAGAGUAACAGGAUAUGGUGGCUGGAGCUGGAUUAGUAAAACUCAUGUCUAUAGGUUUGUCCCAAAAUUGCCAGGCAAUACGAAUGUGAAUUAUAGGAAGACAUUAGAAGAAACUGCUAAUAAGGUGGAUGAAAAUAUGGAUGAGUCAGAUAAAAAGAAAAGCCCACGAAGUCCCAAAAAAAUAAAAAUGGAACCUGACUCUGAGAAAGGUGAAGUGAAAGAUGCUGCCCAAGGAGCAGCCCAGAGUGAAAUGGACAUCUCCAAGAGUACUGAGAAGGACCAAGAUGUGAAAGGGCUUUUAGAUUCUGACCAUAAUAAAUCCUUCAAGGAAGAACCAAUGGAAAUAGAUGAUGUGAAAACAGAAUCACCUACGAAUUGUCAGGAAAGUUCUCCAGUAGAUGUGGUCAAUGUCAGUGAGGGUUUUCAUCUAAGGACUUGUUACAAAAAGAAAGCAAAGUCAUCUAAACUAGAUGGACUUCUCGAAAGGAGAAUUAAACAAUUUACACUGGAAGAAAAACAGCGCCUUGAAAAAAUGAAGCUGGAAGGUGGAAUUAAAAGUCUGGGAAAAUCUCCUACAAGUUCUUUGAAAAGUCUCUCUGAGUCUCCUGUAACGACAGUAAAAGAAGAGGAUCAGAGUGACUUGCAUAAACAGGAGCACAGCCCUACUGCAAGCUCUGAUAAAUGUGAGGACUUGAUCCCAGAACGUUCACAAAAUGAUUCCUGCAUUCUUGAAACUGGUGAUCCUAGGCACACCCCAAAUAAGCUUUACCCGAAAGAGUCGGUAUCCAAUGAUGUCUCCAUGCAGAGCCCAGCAAUAAGCUCUCAGAAACAAAAUUCUGUCAACAAUGACACAGAUGAGAAUCUCCCUGACUCUGCCAGUAAGGACCAGGAGCCCAGUAACAUCAAAACAAAAGAAAGUGAUUAUUUCAUUGAUGAUUCUAAGUUAGUGAGUGCACGUUAUGUCCCUACUUUGGGUCAUCAGAAAAGAGCUCUCGUACAAGACGAGAAUGACACUGUCUCUCCUUCCAAGGACAGCUUCCUUCCUUCCACACCUAAAAGCACGAAAGCCAUGGACUUGGAAGGAAAGCUGGGAUGUGACUCUGAAUGUAAUAGCACCUUGGAGAAUAGUUCUGAUACAAUGUCUGUCCAGGAUAGCAGUGAAGAGGACAUGGUUGUCCAAAAUAGCACUGAAAGUGUUCCUGAACACAUGACUCAAGAACAAAGUAUUGAGAACUUGGAGCCGUUGAAACAUCAGUUUGCUUCUGGUAAGUCCACUGGAAACUGUGAUGACAGGCUACAGGGUAAGGUAACCGAAGCUAAUGGUAAAAAGACAGGUCAACAGAAGAACUUAGAGGAGAGACCAGUUAAUAAAUGUAUUGAUCAAGUAAAUCUCAAAAAUACAACUGACAGAAGGAAUAAUGAAAACCGAGAGUCUGACAAGAAAGGACAGAAAGCAAGUGCUCUUCAGAUGAAUGGUAAAGAGAAAGCUAAAGUCCAUUUGAAAAGUGAAAGCUUGAAAGAUAUUUCUGAGAGUAAAGUAGUGGUUGGUAAUGUUGAACGAAAGGUUAAUAAUAUAAAUAAAAUAAUCCCUGAAAAUGAUAUUAAGUCUCUGACUGUUAAAGAGUCUGCUGUAAAGCCAUUCGUUAAUGGUGAUGUCAUCAUGGAAGAUUGUAAUGAAAAAGUCAUCUCAGAAGCAGAGUCACAUUUGCCAGGUUCUUUAGAUACUGAAAAUAACUACCGAGAUAGCGCAGGGAGCUUGCCACCAACCAAAGAGUGUGACCGUACACAGACAGCCGCACCUCCACCAAUGUAUUCAGAAAAAAAUUCAGCAAGUCAGGUAGAAGAUAUGGAAAUCGAAACCUCAGAAGUGAAGCAGGUUACUCCAUCACCCAUUACUUCUGGAGAAGAAUCGAAUCUCAGUAAUGACUUUGCUGAUGAAAACAGUCUGCCCAACAUCAAUGGAGACUCCAAAAGAAAAACUGUCAUCACAGAAGUUACUACGAUGACAUCUACAGUGGCCACAGAGUCAAAAACUGUUAUCAAAGUAGCAAAAGGUGAUCAUCAGACUGUGGUCUCUUCCACAGAAAAUUGUGCCAAGUCCACGGUCACCACCACCACCACCACAGUGACAAAGCUUUCCACACCCUCCACAGACAGCAGCGUAGACAUCAUCUCUGUUCAAGAACAGAGCAAAACUGUGGUCACCACGACAGUGACAGACUCACUGACCACUGCAGGAGGCACCCUGGUGACAUCAAUGACAGUGAGCAAAGAGUAUUCCACAAAAGACAAAGUCAAACUGAUGAAAUUUUCAAGACCGAAGAAGGCUCGUUCAGGUACAGCUCUGCCAUCCUAUAGAAAAUUUGUUACCAAGAGCAGCAAGAAAAGCAUAUUUGUUCUACCUAAUGAUGACUUAAAAAAGUUGGCCAGAAAAGGAGGAAUCCGAGAAGUCCCUUAUUUUAAUUACAAUGCCAAACCUGCCUUGGAUAUUUGGCCAUAUCCUUCUCCUAGACCCACCUUUGGUAUCACUUGGAGGUAUAGACUUCAAACUGUAAAGUCCUUAGCUGGAGUGAGCCUGAUGCUACGGUUAUUGUGGGCAAGCUUGAGAUGGGAUGACAUGGCAGCCAAGGCUCCUCCAGGGGGAGGGACCACCCGCACAGAAACAUCUGAAACUGAAAUCACAACAACAGAAAUAAUUAAAAGGCGAGAUGUUGGUCCGUAUGGCAUUCGAUCUGAAUAUUGCAUCAGGAAAAUCAUUUGCCCCAUUGGAGUUCCUGAAGCACCAAAAGAAACACCUACACCUCAGAGGAAAGGCCUUCGAUCCAGUGCACUGCGGCCAAAGAGACCAGAGACACCCAAGCAGACUGGCCCUGUAGUUAUUGAAACCUGGGUAGCAGAGGAAGAGUUGGAAUUAUGGGAGAUCAGGGCCUUUGCUGAGAGAGUGGAGAAAGAAAAGGCGCAAGCAGCUGAGCAGCAGGCUAAGAAACGUUUGGAGCAGCAGAAACCUACUGUCAUUGCAGCUUCCACAACUUCCCCAACCAACAGUACAAGCAGCACCAUCUCUCCGGCCCAGAAAGUGAUGGUGGCCCCCAUAAGUGGCUCAGUCACAACUGGAACUAAAAUGGUACUGACUACUAAGGUUGGAUCUCCAGCUACCGUAACAUUCCAGCAAAACAAGAACUUCCACCAGACCUUUGCUACAUGGGUUAAGCAAGGCCAGUCCAAUUCAGCCACCAGCACAGCUGCCACAUCUGCUCCAACCAUUGCCAGCACAGGUCAGACGUUCCAAAUUACAGGCAGUCCAGUCACUAUGGCAGGAAAAGUAAUUACCAAACUGCCACUUCCUGCAAACAGCAAGAUUGUCGCUGUAAAUGUGCCAGCAACACAAGGAGGUGUAGUUCAAGUGCAGCAGAAAGUCCUGGGUAUCAUUCCGUCCAGCACAGGGGCCAGUCAGCAGACCUUUACGUCUUUCCAACCCAGGACGGCCACAGUCACGAUCAGGCCCAACACCUCCGGUGCGUCGGGAGCCACCAGCACGUCACAAGUCAUCACAGGGCCUCAAAUCCGCCCCGGGAUGACAGUGAUUAGGACACCCCUCCAGCAGUCAACACUAGGGAAGGCAAUUAUUCGAACCCCUGUGAUGGUGCAGCCAGGGGCUCCUCAGCAGGUGGUGACUCAGAUCAUCAGGGGACAGCCUGUCUCCACUGCAGUCUCUGCCCCCAGCACGACCUCCUCGACACCUGCGCAGAAAACCCUGACUUCGGGAACACCCCCUGCAAGUGCACAGCCCACAGCCUCCCCAGCCCCUCGCCCCCAGCAAGGACAGGUGAAGCUGACCAUGGCUCAGCUCACUCAGCUAACACAGGGCCACGGCGGCAAUCAAGGUUUGACAGUAGUAAUUCAAGGACAAGGUCAAACUACUGGACAAUUGCAGUUAAUACCUCAAGGGGUAACUGUUCUCCCUGGUCCAGGACAGCAGCUCAUGCAAGCUGCCAUGCCCAAUGGCACCGUUCAGCGAUUCCUGUUCACCCCAUUGGCAACGACAGCCGCAACGGCCAGUACCACCACCACAACCACUGUUUCCACCACUGCAGCAGGUACAGGUGAACAAAAACAGAGUAAAUUAUCACCCCAGACCCAGGUGCAACAAUCCCAAACCCUGCCACCAUCUCAGGCAUCAAGUGUGAGUCCUCCAGGAGCCCAGCCACAGACUGUUCAGCCUGCAGCUCAGCCCCCACCCCAGUCCCAACCCCAGUCCCCAACUCAGCCUGAAGUUCAGACCCAGCCUGAAGUUCAGACCCUAACAACUAUCGCAUCCCAGGUCCCUUCCGAAGCACAGCCCACCCAGGUACAGUCAUCCCAACCCCAGGGGACAGCACAGUGUCAGCCUCCAAGCACUGUCCAAGGACAGUCUCCUGUUCGUGUCCAGAGUCCACCACAGACCCGAAUCCGUCCAUCAACUCCAUCCCAAGUGUCUCCUGGACAGCAAUCCCAGGUUCAGACUCCAACCUCACAACCGAUUCCAAUUCAGCCACAUACAUCUCUUCAGAUACCUUCCCAAGGCCAGCCACAGUCACAACCCCAGGUACAGUCUUCAACUCAAACUCUUUCAUCAGGACAAACGUUAACUCAAGUUACUGUUUCAUCCCCAUCACGGCCUCAGCUCCAAAUCCAGCAGCCACAGCCCCAAGUCCUAGCUGUGCCUCCGCUGCAACCACAAGUCCAGGUUCUCUCUCAGAUCCAGCCACAGGUUGUGGCUCAAAUACAGGCUCAGCAAGGUGGUGUGCCCCAGCAAAUCAAACUGCAGUUGCCUAUUCAAAUUCAGCAAAGCACUGCUGUGCAGACGCACCAGAUUCAGAAUGUGGUCACAGUGCAGGCAGCCAGUGUACAGGAGCAGUUGCAAAGGGUUCAGCAACUCAGGGAUCAGCAGCAAAAGAAGAAACAGCAGCAGAUAGAAAUUAAGCGGGAACACACCCUCCAAGCUUCUAACCAAAGUGAAAUCAUUCAGAAACAGGUGGUGAUGAAACAUAAUGCUGUCAUAGAACAUUUAAAACAGAAAAAGACCAUGACUCCAGCUGAGAGAGAAGAGAAUCAAAGAAUGAUUGUCUGUAACCAGGUGAUGAAGUAUAUAUUGGAUAAGAUAGAUAAAGAAGAAAGACAGGCAGCGAAAAAACGGAAGCGUGAAGAGAGCGUGGAACAGAAACGUAGCAAACAGAAUGCUAGCAAGCUCUCAGCUCUGCUGUUCAAGCACAAAGAGCAACUCAAAGCGGAAAUACUCAAAAAGAGAGCGCUUCUGGACAAAGACCUCCAGAUCGAAGUGCAGGAAGAGCUGAAAAGAGAUCUGAAACUUAAGAAGGAGAAGGACAUGAUGCAGGCAGUGCAGGCCACAGCAGCCGUUGCCCCACCGCCCCCAGUGGCAGCAGCUCCACCAGCCCCUCCUCCUUCGCCUCCCCCCGCGCCCCCUCUGCAGCACCCAAGCCUGCUGUCCACACCCACCUUGCCUGCAGCUUCCCAAAAGAGGAAGCGAGAAGAGGAGAAAGACUCAAGUUCCAAGUCCAAGAAGAAGAAAAUGAUCUCUACUACCUCAAAGGAAACCAAGAAGGACACAAAGCUUUACUGUAUCUGUAAAACACCUUACGACGAGUCUAAGUUCUAUAUUGGCUGUGAUCUUUGUACUAACUGGUAUCAUGGAGAAUGUGUUGGCAUCACAGAAAAGGAGGCUAAGAAAAUGGAUGUGUACAUCUGUAAUGAUUGUAAACGGGCACAAGAGGGCAGCAGUGAGGAAUUGUACUGUAUCUGCAGAACACCUUAUGAUGAGUCGCAAUUUUAUAUUGGCUGCGAUCGGUGUCAGAACUGGUACCAUGGGCGCUGCGUUGGCAUCCUGCAGAGUGAGGCAGAGCUCAUUGAUGAGUAUGUCUGUCCACAGUGCCAGUCGACAGAGGAUGCCAUGACAGUGCUCACGCCACUCACUGAGAAAGAUUACGAGGGCUUGAAGAGGGUGCUGCGUUCCUUACAGGCCCACAAGAUGGCCUGGCCUUUCCUUGAACCGGUAGACCCUAAUGACGCUCCUGAUUACUAUGGAGUCAUUAAGGAACCUAUGGACCUGGCAACUAUGGAAGAAAGAAUACAAAGACGAUACUAUGAAAAGCUAACAGAAUUCGUUGCGGAUAUGACCAAAAUUUUUGAUAACUGUCGCUACUACAAUCCAAGUGACUCCCCCUUUUACCAGUGUGCGGAAGUUCUUGAAUCCUUCUUUGUACAGAAGUUGAAAGGCUUCAAGGCCAGCAGGUCUCAUAACAACAAACUGCAGUCUACAGCUUCUUAAAGUUCAGCGUGUUAAUCUAACAUAAGACACAGCAAGAGUCUGCUUGUCUGAACUAUUUUAAGUUAAGGAGCCAGAUGUUUCUAGUCAGGUUCUCCUGACAAGGCUUGACCUACACUUCGUUUUUAUUGGUCGUAACAGUCCAAUUAUAUUCUUGGCCAAUUUUGUCCAACGGACAAGGGAAAAAGCAAAGUCAACGACACCAUUAUCUUGUCAAGAUCAAAUGGUUUUACUAUUGUGGCAGAAGUGAGAAAACUUUGUUUAUUUAAAAAAAAUAAGAAAAGAAAAGAAAAAAGAAAGCCAGAAAAAAACAGUUACUAUGGGGUCCAGUGUAACUCCAUGGAAAUGCCACGUCCGCUCUUCAGUGAAGAAGCUGGUUCAGAGUCUCACAGGAAACUUCUGACUAUUUAUUUAUUGUUGCAAAAAAGACGCUUUUUUAUUGCUGCCCUCAUUUGUCAGCUAAUUAUUUUUUCUGAUAAACUCCAGCCCCGGUUCCGUGUAACCCAUCCCGUCUCCCGUCACGAUUCCUGUAGGCAAAAGUUCAAGACAACCUCUAGAUGUCUUUUCUUUCUAUGAAAGGAGCUGCUAUGUACACACGUGCACACACACACACACACACACACAUGCGCGACUUGGAAUCAACAGUGAGUUUCUUGUUCAUGGUAGAUGAGAAUUAAGCUUGCAUAAAGGUUGGGCUGAGCGGUCCUGGACUACAGACUCUGUUGCCUUGAAUAUACCAGUACCAUUUGUCAUUGGCUCUGCACCAGGCUAAAAUGAGUAAAAUCUAUUUGAAGGUAUCUUGUUUGUAAACAUUUGUCAGAUUCUAAUUUCUUCUUUUUGUAUUAAAAUUCAACUAUGGAUGUAUAUGAAACAAAAUAAAUGGAGAUGGUUUUUCUCCCACAGAUGGAGGUGUCUUUGAGUGUGCGCUAAUGCUCAUCUGUCAGCCUUCAUGGGGCAAGGGAGGGCUGCAGGCGGGGCGAGGCGCAAGGAGUCGCUCGCACCUGGGCCUUGAGGGUCAUGAGUGGCCCUUCAUUUUUACUUCCCAGUCCACUGUCCCAUGUCAGAGAACAAUCUUCAGGGGUGCUAAUCCUGGUGCAUCAGUCGCUCAUCCUGAUGAUAAUGGCAGUGUGACAAAGCACACAUUGCCUUCCUGUGUCCAUUCUGUGAUACCAAGCAAAUUCUUGGUUGCACACAUUUUAUGAAGGACCUUUGUAGCUGUUGUCAUCUUCUUUGUAUUUUUCCGUUUGUUGGUCGGGCUUGUGGUUCACUUCUUUGUUCCACAAAAGGAAAAGUAGUGUGAGCAGAAGGGAAAAUACAGAACACACAACUGUGGAGGGCGUAUUGGCAUGUCUCCUUUCUGUGUUCUAAACAUACCCAUUGCACACUGCAUUGUAGUACUAGCUUCUGUGAAAUCCUCCGUAGUCGGAUUACGCAGCUUUGCAAGAAUUGUCCUCGAUUUUGCACUGACUCAUACUUGCUUUGUCCUGUUGACUCCUGCAACUUACCCAGUUAUAAUUGUUUCUACAAGUUUCCUUUUGUUUAAUGUUUCCCUGCUAUGCAAACUCUUUCUUAGACCUUAGUUUCUUAAAAAGAACGAUGUUGCUACAGUUCCCCAAUUCUUUCUUACUACUACAGGCUCAGGUGUGCAGGUUAUUCUGGGUUAAUUUUAUCUAAUGAUGCCCAUUCCUUUUUGUACAUAAAAAUAUUACUUAGAUCUAUGCUUACAGACUAAGAGACUAAUUGCUCAGUAUGGAAACAUAGAAGCAAAGUUUUGCUUAAAAUAUUAAAGCGGAAUUAGUUAAAUAUGGAUUAUUUUGUCCUUUUAAAAAAUUGUUACAUAUUGUAUGCACUGUGCUGAUGCAAGAAUUCCACAUUUUAAUGAAUUAUGAAAUUAUUCUGCAUCUCAUCACGUCACAGUAUUUCUGUACUAUUUAUUCAUAUAUAUAUAUAUAAAUAUAUAUGGGCGUAAUCAUUUAAAACUUGUUGCGGCAAGAACUUUCCUACCUGUAGGCAAUAGAUUGCUAUGUUUUUAACAAAUUGUUGCAAAUCCUAAACAGCAAUUCUUUUUGUACGUAAUAGGACAUUUCAUCCUAGAAAAAAUAAAGUAAUGUUUUUGACAUUG